AGCAGAGCAGCACCGCAGCUCCGAGCCCAGCUUCCUGUUGAGUUUCCCUGUAUGAGGGACAGGAACUCCCUGCUCGACUUCUCUCCCCCGCCCAUGAUAAUAACAGCGACGGAGGAAAAGAUUCCUCUGGCCGAAGACUGGAAUAAAAGCUUGGAUAGAGGAGCUGAGGACCCCGGCCUGCGCGGUGGCCAGAGAGGGAUCGAGCCUCCGGCUGCAUGUGUCUGUAGUCCGCCGUGAGAGCGCAGAAGUUUUCCCUGCUAACCAGCGACUGACUGCGGCAGCAUGGCAUCCACGGUGACUUUAGAAGAUGCUCUGUCCAACGUGGACCUGUUGGAGGAGCUGCCGCUCCCUGACCAGCAGCCAUGCAUCGAGCCCCUCCCCUCAUCCAUCAUGUAUCAGCCAAACUUUAACACCAACUUUGAGGAUCGAAAUGCCUUCGUCACCGGCAUCGCCAGAUACAUCGAGCAAGCCACCGUCCACUCCAACAUGAAUGAGAUGCUGGAGGAGGGGCAGGGGUACGCCAUCAUGCUCUACACCUGGAGAAGCUGCUCACGUGCAAUACCACAGGUAAAAUGCAAUGAGCAGCCCAACAGAGUGGAGAUCUAUGAGAAGACAGUGGAGGUGCUGGAGCCUGAAGUCACCAAGCUGAUGAAUUUCAUGUACUUCCAGCGCACCGCCAUUGACCGUUUUUGCGGGGAGGUCCGUCGUCUCUGUCACACCGAGCGCAGAAAGGACUUUGUCUCUGAGGCGUACCUGAUGACCCUCGGAAAGUUCAUCAACAUGUUCGCUGUGCUGGACGAGCUGAAGAACAUGAAAUGCAGCGUCAAGAACGAUCACUCUGCCUACAAACGAGCGGCCCAGUUCCUCAGAAAGAUGUCUGAGCCCUCGUCCAUUCAGGAGUCUCAGAAUUUGUCCAUGUUCCUGGCAAACCACAACAAAAUCACUCAGUCUUUGCAGCAGCAGCUGGAGGUGAUAAAUGGAUAUGACGAGCUGCUGGCAGACAUCGUCAACCUGUGCAUCGAUUACUACGAGAACAAGAUGUACCUCACUCCCAGUGAGAAACACAUGCUGCUCAAAGUAAUGGGCUUUGGUCUAUACCUCAUGGACGGAAACAGCAGCAGCAUCUACAAACUCGAUGCCAAGAAGAGACUUAACCUCAGCAAGAUUGACAAGUUUUUCAAGCAACUCCAGGUGGUCCCUCUGUUUGGUGACAUGCAGAUUGAGUUGUCGCGGUACAUCAAGACCAGUGCUCACUUUGAAGAUAACAAAUCCAGGUGGACUUGCACAUCUAUAUCCAGCAGUCCCCAAUACAACAUCUGUGAGCAGAUGCUUCAGAUCCGCGACGAUCACAUGCGCUUCAUCUCGGAGCUGGCUCGAUACAGCAACAGUGAGGUGGUGACGGGAUCAGGGCGUCAGGAAGCCCAAAAGACUGAUGCUGAGUACAGGAAGCUGUUUGACCUGGCCCUGCAGGGCCUGCAGCUGCUCUCUCAGUGGAGCGCUCAUGUCAUGGAAGUGUACUCCUGGAAACUGGUUCAUCCAACAGACAAGUACUCCAACAAGGAGUGCCCUGACAAUGCAGAGGAGUAUGAAAGAGCCACCAGAUACAACUACACCAGCGAGGAGAAGUUUGCCCUUGUAGAGGUAAUGGCUAUGAUAAAGGGACUGCAGGUGUUGAUGGGACGCAUGGAGAGUGUGUUCAAUCACGCCAUCCGUCACACCAUCUAUUCAGCCCUGCAGGAUUUUGCUCAAGUCACUCUGCGUGACCCUCUGCGGCAGGCCAUCAAGAAGAAGAAAAAUGUUGUUCAGAGCGUCCUCCAGGCCAUCCGGAAGACAAUCUGUGACUGGGAAAUCGGCCGGGAGCCUCACAACGAUCCUGCCCUCCGCGGAGAAAAAGACCCCAAGGGAGGCUUUGACAUAAAGGUUCCCCGCCGUGCUGUGGGGCCCUCCAGCACUCAGCUCUAUAUGGUGAGGACCAUGCUGGAGUCUCUCAUUGCUGACAAAAGUGGAUCUAAGAAGACUCUGCGCAGCAGUCUCGAAGGCCCAACCAUCCUGGACAUGGAGAGGUUUCACCGCGAGUCCUUCUUUUACACCCACCUGCUGAACUUCAGUGAGACCUUGCAGCAGUGCUGCGACGUCUCCCAGCUAUGGUUCAGGGAGUUCUUCCUGGAGCUCACCAUGGGUCGCAGGAUUCAGUUCCCCAUCGAGAUGUCCAUGCCCUGGAUCCUCACCGACCACAUCCUGGAGACCAAGGAAGCUUCUAUGAUGGAGUAUGUGCUGUAUCCCCUGGAUUUGUACAACGACAGUGCACACUACGCCCUGACCAAAUUCAAGAAGCAGUUCCUCUACGAUGAAAUAGAAGCUGAGGUGAACUUGUGCUUUGAUCAGUUUGUCUACAAACUGGCUGAUCAGAUAUUUGGCUACUACAAGAUUCUAGCAGGAAGUCUUCUCCUUGACAAACGUUUGCGAACUGACUGCAAGAACCAGGGGGCCAAUAUACCCUGGCCUUCCUCCAACCGCUACGAGACUCUGCUGAAGCAGCGCCACGUCCAGCUUUUAGGCCGCUCCAUAGAUCUGAACAGGCUCAUCACUCAGAGGAUCUCGGCUGCUCUUUCAAAGUCUAUCGAACUGGCCAUCAAUCGCUUUGAGAGUGAGGACCUCACCUCGAUCAUGGAACUGGAAGGUCUUCUGGAUAUCAACCGCCUGACGCACAAGCUCCUCAGCAAGUUUUUGACUCUGGACAGCCUGGACGCCAUGUUCCGCGAGGCCAACCACAACGUGUCGGCCCCCUACGGCAGGAUUACACUGCACGUCUUCUGGGAACUCAACUAUGAUUUCUUGCCCAACUAUUGCUACAAUGGCUCGACCAACAGGUUUGUGCGCACCAUCCUGCCCUUCUCUCAAGAGUUCCAGAGAGACAAGCCUCCCAACGCUCAGCCUCAGUAUCUGUACGGGUCAAAGACCUUGAACCUGGCGUACAGCAGCGUGUUCAACUCCUACAGGAACUUCGUGGGUCCCCCGCACAUCAAGGCCAUGUGUCGACUGCUGGGCUACCAGGGCAUCGCCGUGGUGAUGGAGGAGCUGCUGAAGGUUGUCAAAAGUCUGCUCCAGGGAACCAUAAUGCAGUAUGUGAAGACCCUGAUGGAGGUGAUGCCCAAGAUCUGCAGACUUCCACGUCACGAGUAUGGCUCCCCAGGUAUCCUGGAAUUCUUUCACCACCAGCUGAAGGACAUCGUGGAGUACGCUGAGCUCAAGACGGUUUGUUUCCAGAACCUGAGGGAAGUGGGCAAUGCCCUCCUGUUCUGUCUGCUGAGCGAGCAGAGUCUGUCACAAGAAGAAGUUUGUGAUUUGCUGCAUGCUGCACCCUUCCAAAACAUUCUUCCCAGAGUCCACGUCAAAGAGGGGGAACGCCUGGAUGCAAAGAUGAAGCGUUUGGAAGCCAAAUACACAGCUCUGCAUUUGGUUCCUCUGAUCGAGCGCCUCGGCACCCCACAGCAAAUAGCCAUUGCUCGUGAGGGCGACCUUUUGACCAAAGAGAGGCUGUGCUGCGGUUUGUCCAUGUUCGAAGUCAUCCUCACGCGUGUGCGAGGCUUCCUGGAGGACACCAUCUGGCGUGGACCGCUGCCCGGCAACGGCGUAAUGCACGUGGACGAGUGUGUGGAGUUCCACCGUCUCUGGAGCGCGAUGCAGUUUGUCUACUGCAUCCCUGUGGGUGCCCACGAGUUCACAGUGGAGCAGUGCUUUGGUGACGGCCUCCACUGGGCCGGCUGCAUGAUCAUCGCCCUGCUGGGACAGCAGAGACGCUUCGACAUCCUGGACUUCAGCUACCACCUCCUGAAAGUCCAGAAACACGACGGCAAGGAUGAGGUUAUCAAGAGUGUGCCACUUAAGAAAAUGGUCGACAGAAUCCGCAAAUUCCAGAUGCUCAACAAUGAGAUAUUUGCCAUCCUGAACAAGUACAUGAAGUCUGGAGAUGGAGAGAACAUGCCGGUUGAGCACGUUCGAUGCUUCCAGCCUCCGAUACACCAGUCACUUGCCAGCAGCUGAGGUGUGGAUACUGUGGAGCAGCGUGAGGUUCCAUACACUGCCAGCAUCUACAAUAAUUCCUCCACAUUUACUUAUGGUCUUUAUUAGCAAAGAACCAUCAAAUGUAAGGAAGUGGGGCCACUUUUUUUGUAUUCACUUGUGCCUUAAAUGAUAGAUAUCUCCCCUGUUAUGAAUGAGCUAUUCUUUUUUUUUAUACUUGCAUAAAGCUAUAGAUGAGGGAAUGGAAAUUAGUUUUAUCAGAUAAAUAUUUAAGAGUUUGCAGUGGUGGAUUAUUAAGGGUGAACAGUAACCUAUUUUAAGUGGGGGGUGAAAGUAAACUUGUAUUUUCUAUACUGUUGAACAUGCAUGCUAAACAGCUCAAAGGAAAUUGAAAAGUAACAAAGCUCAUACUCAUGUUAAGCAUUUAUUCUUUGUGCCUUGUGUUCCAAAUGUUUUAAAUCCUUUUAAUUCAAUAAAUAUGAAACAAAUCAA